AUGCUACUCAAGCAACAGCAGGUACAAUCUCAGCCAGCGUCUUGGAGGUACGUGUACUUCCUUCUGAUGAGUGUGGUUUUGCUGAGUUGCAUUCCUCGAGAAGUGACUCCUUUGUUUCUGAUUAAAGGCUCAGCUAGUCCAGCCAGCGAGUUCAUUAAUAUCACAGAAGGCAAGACACUGUCUAUGAACUGCUCUGCCUCGGGCCCAGAGUUACAUCGAGUUUGGUGGGGUAAGUCCAUUGGAUCCGAAGACACUAAUUGGCUCACCCAGAAUUCCAUCGUUGAGACAAAUGAUCCCCGAGUUUCCAUUGCAAAUCGCUCGUUUGGCGAGCACAAUGCAUAUUCUUUGCAAAUAACUGACAUCACCGAAUCGGAUGCUGGAAGGUACAAGUGUCACGCUGAGUGGGGAGGUGCUAGUUUGUUUGGAUACAUCUUCGUAUCGGUGCAGUACUUUCCGGCAGAAAACCCAUUCUGUGCCACGAAUGAAAGCGAUCGGAUUCCUACCGAAAGCGUCGCCGUGUGGUGCGAUACUGCGAUCGGCAACCCUGGGGUGACCAUCACUUGGAGAGUGGACCAUUCUGACAAGGAAGUCACAUGCAGCGUCUACAGCACGGAACUACCGCAGAACGAACGAGUAAGGUGUGUUGUUAAGCUCGGGGAGCACCUGCAGAAUCAAGUCUUUUUAUGCACGGUGACUAGUUCUGCAUUUCCAGGACAGAAUCAGAGCUGCUCUGUCAGCCCCAUCCUGCUAAAUACCCCGAACACAUCUAGUCGAGCUCUAACAAUUGUGGAGGUAUGCUCAACGCAAACCAUACCUGGCAUUUUCGUAGACGGAACCAACACAUCAACAGGCUUGCUUCCUACCAGCGCAGUCACCAGUGAAACUCACACGGGGUACAUCGUGGCUGCAGUGGGAAUCCCUGCAGCGUUCGUUGUCGGCUUUCUGGUUUCCCUGGCGUGCAUAAGGAAGCGUCAACAGACAGUCAAGAGGCGAGGGAACGAUCCAAAGGGGGAAACGGCCGCACCCGUCGAGGGAAAUCAACCACCAGACACGGAACUUUCGGUCAUUCCGUACUUGGUAACAACAAUGCGAGACGAUGACUUCACGGGGACCAGAGUCUCUGAUCAAGCGUACGAAACGCGGAUCGGACCCAGGGAAUUAGACACUGACAACGCCGCCUACCAGCAGGUGGAUCGUGAUAUCGGCGAGAAUGAAGUGACGAGUAGUUACCUGGAACUGCAAUAG